GGCGCCAUUCGGCCGCCGGAGCGACCAUCCCGCGGCGAUGCGGCGGGUAGCGGCGCUCCUCCUCCUCCUCGCCUUCUCGGUCGCCGCCGUCGCAGCAGCAGAGGAUAUCACUGAUAUCCUACCAGCAGGAGGAGGGAACAACGGUAGCGCUAUAGAGGAUCCAGGUCUUGGCAAAGCAGGGCGGAAUGGUGAGACAGAUCCUGACACAGAGCACAAAGCGCACGAGGAGGGGGGACUCGACAACGCCAUUGCUGGCAACAAUAAGACGGAUACUUCCAUAGAAGGGACUAGCGCAGCAGGAGAUGAUCCAGUACAGAAGCCCAGCGACAGAGAUGACAAUACAACAACAACAGCAUCCUCGACGGACUUUUCGCAGGAUCCUCUUGUCAGCGGGUGCGAUCCGUCCCAUAGAUGUCUCAUUGGAAAGCACAAGUUCAUCGCCUGCUUGAAAGUUUCCGGAGAUUCAUCAGCUCUAUCCCUCUUGAUGGACAACAAAGGCGUAAACCCGCUUGAUGUUAGCAUAACGGCUCCACAUUACGUCACCAUAGCUGAAGCUACAGUUCAUGUUGAAGCGAACGAUCAUAACGAGACACAGGUGAGUGUUUCUGUCAGUGACACCAUGAAUGACAUGGCGAUAGUUCUCAAAGUCGCAGAAGAAACCUGUAGAAUCAAUCUUGACACCGCAGUCACAAGAAACAGGGGCCGGGUAAUACCAAUGAGACUAACUUCAACCUACAUGCUGGUGCCUGCAUUUGUUCUCCUUGGACUGGUGGGAUUAUGCGUCAAACUCCGGAAGUCGAGUAAGUCAGAUGGUGCACCAGCAUACCAGAAGCUCGACGCACCAGAGCUGCCAGUUUCCAUCGGAGGGAAGAAAGAAGCUGAUCAGGCUGACAAGUGGGAUGACAAUUGGGGAGAUGAUUGGGACGACGAGGAAGCGCCAUCGACACCGUCAAACUCGAUGCCUAACUUAUCAUCGAAAGGUCUGGCUUCAAGGAAAUCGACCAAGGAUGGCUGGAAAGAUUAGCUGCCAAAUGGAUAAUUAGAUCAGUGGAUCAUUGAUUAGAUAGUAGCAAUGCUUACAUUGUUUUCUUUUUUUGGAAGAGGGAAUUUUGUGCUUGGUAGACUACGAGAGAGUGUAACACACUGAUACCGCUAGAAAUAUGAAUGAUACUGUGCUAGUAUAAGUUGUUCUUUUUA